CAGAUAUGAAACGAUGGAUACUUGUCUCCUGUCUGUUAGAAAUAUGCUCUGCUAUGCCGUAUGCUCGGCACUAUACCUAUGCUGAUCCAUUCCAUAUGUGGAUGCACAAUUUCCUUCCAUCGCAUUCAUCACCAUCCUUUUGGGGGAAGCGAAGACUUCAUGAGCAUGAUACUCAACAGUACGAAUAUUCGAUGCCGGUGCACCCGCCUCCUCUGCCAUCUCAGCAAACUCCCCUUCAGCCUCCUGGAAUACAAGAGCAAUUUCCCUUCCUACUGGCAAAUCAAAUUCCAUAUACUCCUAGGCAAAUUCAACCCCAACAGUAUGAUAUGCAGCCACCAUUCCAGCAAAAACCAUUCCUACAACCGGAAGGACGUCACCCAGUUGUUCAACAAUUGCAGCUGCCAGACAGGCAGAUGCAACAGUUAUCAUUUCAAGAAUACUUGAGGACAUUGGGUCAGACAAUCUACCCAGGUUUGCUCACAACCCCACAGGACCCAGUACAACAGCCACAGCAACAAUCUAUUUAUCCCAGUAUGUACUACCUGUCUUAUGCAGCAAACCAAGGAGCUGCUCCUGCCACAUUAGGAAUAGUAAGCUCAGAAGAAAUGCAGGGCGGUGGGCUUGGUGCACCAGCCUAUCGUGCCAUGAGCCCAGAUCUCUUUUCCAUGGGUGCUGGAUUUGGAAGCCCACCACAGAACAGACUAGGGCAGCCAGGUGACUACACUGUAGAAGACGAUCAGCUUGGAAUAACAGAACAGCCUGAAGUUCAAGGAGGAGCUAAACAGGCCGCUAACCCUUCAGGCAAUGGGAACAACGUCGUUGUCUCUGUAAAUGGCAACAACCCAGGAGGUGCUCUGUCCAACAGCAACCUGAUGAACCCCGCUGGGCAGAGUAAAGGACCUGGAGGCAUGCCCCAAGCCACUGUAAACCCACUAGCGACUCAAGGCCUCCCCGACAGCUUCAUCCCUUUUGAGGCCGACACUCCUAUGCCGCUGGAUCCCACCAUGUACCCUGAUGCCAUAUACACAGCCCAGGCAGGAAAUGAGGUUGGGCGGCCACAGAUAGGUCAGGACGGAUGGCAUUUUCAAGAACCCUGAAUAGCCCUUAAGGAACAUACCAGGCCUGUGUAUUAUCUUGCAGAAAUUACCUGUGCCUGAUGCACUGGUUUAGGACUAUUACACUUCUGUUGAAUGGGCACCAAAGCAUCACAUGUGCUAAUAUAAAUAUAUGCAGCUUGCAGCCGCGAUGAUAUAACCUUUAUUUUGUGUUUUACAUUUCACAUUUGGAAAAGCAUGGGAGGUGCCAG